AUGGUUGAUUGCUAUGAUAUCAACAACAACACCAUCGAAGACAGUGUUCAACAGCGAUCAGCCGAAUGGACACUCUACAAUUCUUUAUCAUAUUUAAUACCGGCCAUUUUUGCGGAUACUCUGUUAGGUGCUUAUGGGGAUCGAAAUGGUCGAAAGAUCAACAUUUUGCUGGGAAUCACCGGCUUGCUCGUUUCCGAGUACGGCUAUUUGUUGACGCUGUCCAACUCGGCUGCAACUCCAUAUUGGACGACGACGGUGAUCGGCGUUUUCACCGGUUUCACUGGAUAUGUGGCAAUGAUCCCCGUUUCUUGUUAUGCUUAUCUGGCCGAUAUUUCUAAUGGCCCCACUGAGCUGACGUUGCGAUCGGGGAUCUUCUCAGUGCUGCAAACAACAGCUUCAGUUCUUGGUGGACUCCUCGCCGGUCUCAUUCAUGAUCAUAUUGGUAUCUCGACAGCUAUCGAUAUCGAGUUGGCGUUUAUUGCUUUAGGAUUCAUCUACACGCUUGUUCGAAUACCGCAAAUUCCCGGGCUUCAAGAAAUCGAGCGGAGAAUUAGAGUGACGACGAUCACCUCGUUGUCGAGUGUGCGAAAGUUGCGUGGGUUUCUCGGUGACGUCGUCGCGCUUUACAAGGAAUGUAUCUACACAUAUCGACGACCAAGAGUCGGACAUCGUCGCGCAUUCAUGUUCAUCACAGUGAUCGUCCUCAUGUUGACCUAUACGACACAAGUAGAAACAAGAACAACCGGAAUUGGCUCUGUGAUCAACAACUUUGUCUUUCGUCGCACUGAAAAUGGAGCACUCGGCUGGGAUUCGGAGGAUCUCGGCUAUUGGAAUGGAAUGGGAUAUAUGAUGUUGAUUGUUGGAACGAUUUUUGGCCUUGUCGUCUUCAAGAAAGCACUCGAUUUCCGAGAAACGACCCUCAUUCUGAUUGGAAUCGUUUCGUCAACUCUUCGAACAAUUAUUAUAGGAGUAGCCGUUUCGGAUUGGAUGAUGUACGUGGCAAAUGUGGUGGGAAUGUUCGCGGGACUCGUUCAGCCAGCUGUCGUCUCUUUUAUGACCCAGGUUGUUGCCUCCUCAGAAAUCGGUCGAACCUUGGCUCUUUUUGGAAUUGGCGUCGAUGCGGCUUUCAUUCUCACAGCCGCUCUUUACACGAAUGUUUACCGAUGGACGGUGAUUGCUUUUUUGAGAAGUGACAUGGAUGCCUGGGUUUACUUUUUGCUGAUUGCCGCCCUUCUAAACAAUGGCUUUUUGGCGAUGUUGUGGGUUUACUGCAAGCAAAGGAAGGAGUCGGGAAAGAGGAACGUAGCAGUAGCGGAAAGUCGAGAGGAUUUCGCCUCGCCGAUGGCUGGUCGUCGAGAUCGACCAUUGUGGAGUAGUCAUGAUGAUGUUUCUGCGUUAAGGAGAGGUCUAAAACGUACUACUGAC